CCCUCAUCCACACCCUCUUGGUCAUAAAAGACGCAACGAGGAUGCUAAUUACCUCUUUGGUCCUGCCGAUCCUUCAGCUUCAAGGCAGCCUCUGAUAAUUAUCCUUUCUGCUAAAGUCGCACUCUGGUGUAUCGCUCACCUGACCAAGAUGCGCUUCCCCGUCGCCCUCCUUGCGGUGCUGCCGCUCGUCGGACUUGUCCUUGGCCAGACAAUCACCGAUGGCCAGAACAACGCCACAUUGGACGCCAACGAGACCACUGUCGCACCAGCGGCGCAGCCAGUCUCCAAAGACUCCAGCGCUGCCCCGGCCGACCUCUUCACCUCCGAGGCCGCCCAGCUCACCGACAAUGUCAUCGCCAAUCUGACCGCGCUGAACCUCACCUCGAUUGAUCUGUUCUCCUUCGACAAUGGCAGCAGCAGCACUGACGGCGCCAGCAAGCGCGACUCCGGCAGCUGCAAGUCCAUGCCCGGCGAUGUUCUCUAUCCCCCAAACCUCGUCUGGAAGGUCUUCAACCUCCUGCUUGGCGGCGCCCUCAUCCAGACCACCCCGUUAGCCUCACCCUGCUAUACCAACUGGAACAACUACGAUGCCGGCAAAUGCAGCUACAUCAGCGCCAACUGGGCCAACAACAGUUUCAUGCACGCCGACGACCCCACGAGCGUCAUGUGGCCGCUGUACCAGGGGCUCACCUGCAUGCCCACCACUACUCCGUCAGACUCUUGCCGGCUCGGCGCAUACCCCAGCUACGCGAUCGAGGUCAGGAGCGUGUACCAGAUCCAGCUGGCCAUCAACUUUGCGCGCAAUGCCAAUCUGCGCCUGGUCGUCAAGAACACGGGCCACGACUUCAACGGCAAGUCCGCCGGCGCCGGUGCCCUGUCGCUCUGGACACACAACCUGAAGGACAUCCAGUUCUUCCGCAACUACCGCUCCGGAACGUAUAACGGCCCUGCGUUCAAGCUGGGUGCCGGUGUGCAGGCCUUUGAGAUGUACGAGGCCGCCGAAAAGCAGGGCGUCACCGCAGUCGGAGGCGAGGGCAAGAGUGUCGGCGUCAUGGGCGGCUACCUUGCUGGCGGCGGCCACUCUCCCCUUUCCUCCAUUUACGGCAUGGCAGCCGACCAUGUCCUCUCGAUGGAAGUCGUGACCCCUGACGGCCGCUUUGUCACUGCCUCGGACAGUUACAACAAGGACCUCUUCUGGGCUCUCCGCGGCGGCGGCGGAAGCACCUUUGGCGUCGUCACCUCUGUGGUCCUCAAGGUAUACCCCAAGAUGCCCGUCACCAUCGCCACCUGGCAGUUCACCACAUCGCCCACCGUGUCCGCCGAGGCAUUCUGGAGCGGCGUGCGUGCCUACUACGACGAGUUCGUCCGCUUCACCGACAAGGGCACCUACUCGUACUUCCAGCUCGUGGGGAUCGGCCCCGGCGCCUUCCUCUUCGCCAUGGCCCCCUUCGUCGCGCCCAACAUGUCCAAGCAGGACCUCGAGGCGCUCCUGAAGCCCAUGUUCGAUAAGCUCUCUGCGCUCGGCAUCGCUGCCACCCCGCAAUACUUUGAAUACACCAGCUUCAAGCCCGCAUGGGAGAACCACUUCCCCCUCGAGAGCGUCGGUUCCGCCACCCUCAAGACGGCCUCGCGUCUUUUCCCCAAGGCCAACUGGCUCGACGCCGCCAAGUCCAACGCCACCUUCUCCGUCCUCCGCCAGACGGUCGAGAGCGGCGUCGUCAUGCUCGGCUUCAACAUCGCCGCGGCCCCCACGGCCGGGUUCCCAGACAACGCCGUCAACCCGGCGUGGCGCAACACAGUCUUGCAUGCCAUCUGCGGUGUCAUAUGGCCCGAGGGGUCCUCGCCGGACGUCAUCGCGGCCCAGUCCAAGAGGCUGACCAACGACGUCAUGCAGAAGUGGCGCGACGUGAGCCCCGGUGCCGGCGCGUACAUGUCCGAGGCGGAUAUCAUGGAGCCCAACUUCCAGCAGGCGUUCUAUGGUACCAAGUACGACAAGCUGUAUCAGCUGAAGCAGCGCUAUGAUCCUUUCGGUGUGUUUUAUGCGCCGACGGCUGUGGGGAGUGAGGACUGGACCGUUCGGGACCAGAUUGAUGGAUGGCCGACGCAGAAUGGACGGUUGUGCAGGCUGUAAGGCCUGAUGUACACACGUCGGAUCCGUUUGAUGACUUCAAUCUUUAGAAGCUAAUACCGCGGUCGCCAAUCGACUCUGACCCUAGCGCAUGUGCGUUUCUGCGCCUCUCCCGUCUUCCGGGUGAUGCCGCUGAGCUUGGCAUGUAUAAUUGUGGGGGGACAGCAUGGGCGGGCUAAGUGUACCCAUGCCGCUUACAUAUACGCGUUCCGGGCACUAUUGCACAUUAAUGAGCGACUUCCUUCAUAUUUGUUUCAUUUCAUUGCUAUCCAUAGAAUUAGAUAAGAAGGAUCGACCAAAUUACAUUUCAGCCGCGGAACAUUGAUUCCGCCUCCAAUGAGCUGG